AUGGCUUCUGCGACAACUUUCUACGACUUUGAGCCCGUCGACAAAAAGGGUGACACUUACCCCCUCACCAACCUCAAAGGCAAAGUCGUCCUCGUCGUCAACACCGCCUCGAAAUGCGGCUUCACUCCCCAGUUUAAGGGCCUCGAGACCCUCUACCAAUCCCUCAAGUCCAAAUACCCCGAAGACUUCACCAUCCUCGGUUUUCCCUGCAACCAGUUUGGCGGCCAGGACCCAGGAUCCAACGAUGAGAUCCAAUCCUUUUGCCAGGUCAACUACGGCGUCACCUUCCCUGUGUUGGGCAAGCUGGACGUGAACGGCGACAAUGCCGCGCCUCUCUGGGAAUGGAUGAAGACCGAGCGACCCGGUCUCAUGGGCUUGAAGCGUAUCAAGUGGAACUUUGAAAAAUUCCUUAUCGACCCGGAGGGUAAGGUAGUCGGGCGCUGGGCUAGUACCACCAAGCCCGAGUCGCUGGAGGCUACCAUUGUGGAGGAGAUUAAGAAGGCAGAGCAAAAGGGUCUUUUGGCGUCCAAGGGAGAGGCUACUGAACAGGCCAAGUUGUCGUGA